UGAUAAUGGUAAUAAUAGUGAUAAUGACAAUAAUGAUGAUAAUGAUGAUAAUGAUAAUGAUGUUAUUAAUGAUAAUAAUGAUAAUAUUGAGGUAAUAUAUGUAUUUAUAUAUUAUCAUUCCUAUAAUUUGAAAG